AUGCAGAAUGGUCAUCCGAUUGCAUAUGCCAGCCGAACACUAUCUGAGACAGAAGCAAAAUAUGCUCAGAUAGAGAAGGAAAUGUUGGCCAUUGUUUAUGGUGUCGAGAAAUUUAACGACUACACGUUUGGCAGAAAAGUUACCGUCUACAGUGAUCAUAAACCUCUAGAAAGUAUUUUGAAGAAACCUCCUUACCGAGAGCCCAAGAGACUGCAGGGUAUAUAUGAUGAUCCGUCUCCGAAGUAUGAUAUCGAAGUGAAGUAUGAGAAAGAUAGCAAGAUGUUCCUUGCCGAUACGUUGUCCAGAGCGAGCAUCCCCGGUGAUGGGAAAAGUGGUCCAGAGUUCGAGACCAUCAAUACAAUGAAAUACCUGCCAAUUUCCGACGAACGGUUAAAGGAAAUACAACGAGAAACAAAAAGCUACGAGUCCAUCCAAGUCUUGGCGACGGUGAUUCGGCAAGGGUGGCCAGAGCAAAAAGAAGAUCUGCCAAAUGUUGUGACACCCUACUUCAACAUCAGAGACGAGAUGUCGAUCCAAGAUGGUCUAGUGUUUAGAGGAGAAAGAGUGGUUAUCCCGCAAGCAAUUAGAAGCAAGAUGCUGGGAAAACUCUACAACUCCCACCUGGGAGUAAAUGGUUGCCUUAAUCGAGCUCGAGAGUGCCUUUACUGGCCCGGGAUCUCCAACGAUAUCAAGAACCAUGUUUCAACCUGCGAAGCCUGUCGUGAGUAUGAGAGAAGUCAGCCAAAUGAAACUUUAUGUAGUCAUGAAGUGCCAAACUGA